AUGGAUUUCAAACAUGUUAUUGAUGAUGAUGAUGAUGAGAUUCAGAAUGAUGAAACGAGUCAACAAUGGCUGAUGAGACAGCUCAGAAAACAUCUGGAUUACAUCCCCGAUCAAGUCCUCAGGGAAUUUGUUCUUCAACAGGUAGUUGCUGAUGAAUUCCUCGUGCUUUAAUGGUACUUGCUGAUCUGUCUUGAGUUAAUUUUAUUUGCUGCCAUUCCUUUUAAUUACUGAAAACAUCUCUCGCAUCUCACGGCUAUCUCCGUCGACGAGUUUAAUGUGUUUUGACAUAUCAGCGGCGAUCUCUUUCAGGACAUAACACCCCUAAGGAACUUCAUGACUGGAACUCGACAACGCAGAGGGCUCUUCAUUAUAAUUGAUGAAGUCAUAUCCACCUCUGUUGAACAUAAAUUCUUUGGUGAGAAUGAGUUGACAGAAAUGAAAGUGGAAGAUAAAAAGGGAGCGGAAGAAUUGAGCCAUCAAGAAGUGCAUAAUCAGAUUGAACAGGACCUCAGAAAUCUAGAGAAUGAGAAGAAACCGCCAUUACCAAAGUCAAAGAGAAGUAUGAUCGUAUUUAAAUAAUAGAAUACUGUAAUCAUUUCAGAAAUGAGAAGAUUUAAUUCAAAGAAGAUCAAAAAAGAGACGAAGAAAAAGACGGACCAGGAAACGGAAAGGAAAUUGGAAUCAGAAACAAAUCCAGCAGUCGAGGUGCAGUCAGAAAUACCCAAUCCGGCGGUCCCUCAACCAGCUCAACCCCAGAUUGAAGCCCCUGAAUUUCUGGGAGCCCAUACUUCGUAUGUCCUCAGAUGGUUUGAGGAGACUGAUAUUCCUCAGAACAAAUUCGUAUUCUUGGCCACUCGAGAUGAAAUUUUAAGUGGUACCAAAAGUGAAUUCGAUAAAAUGUUCAUAACAGGAUACUGUAAAGAUCUCAGCAAAUACAAUACUGCCAUCGAAAUUGGUAAGCUAUUAAUUUUUAACCGGAGUUCAACGAUUUGGGGAAUUCUUAAAAGAAAAUUGGAGACACUGAAAAAAAUAUAAUAUUCAUUUUAUUUUUUUUAUUUCGGGGACCCCCUGGUCCUCUUGGUCUGUUCAGGACUCCAACUCAACUGAUGGCCCGAGGGCAUUUUCACCGAAGGGAGACUGAAUAUGAACUGACUGAAUAUGAAGGACCGAAUACUAGUCCGUUCGUAAAGUCGCUGGAAUGAUUUCGGCGACGCGCACUGUGCGCGAAAACUCAGGGUGCGGGCGACAGCCCAAAAAAGCCUAUUGCACUGUGCAAAAAGACAAAAAUUGCACAGUGCAAAGUGAACUUUCGAUUUCGCGGAGUGCAUGUCGCCGAAAACAUUCCAGCGACUUUACGAACCGACUAGUAUGAAGGACUGAAUAUGAACUGACUGAAUCUGAACUGGGGUGCUGACUGAAUAUGAAGGACCGAAUAUGAACUGACUGAAUAUGAAAACCGGGUUUCUGUCACUGUUAUCUACCUAGGUUCCGAUUAAGGACUCUUUUUGAAAUUUUUUCAACUUAUAACACCUUUAGACGUUAGUGUUGUUGUUUUGGUGCCUAGUACUGCUUAAAACAACAUUUUUAACACUUGGUGCUAAAUAGUACUACCUGGUACUAUUUAGUACGAGGUGAAGACUUGGCCGGUAAUGGUGUUGCUUUGGUGCUUGGUACAGCACAAAAACACAUUUUUAGCACUUGCAACUAUAUAGUACCAAUUGGUACUAUUUAGUACGAGGUGAAAAUUUGGGCGUAAGGCGGUAAUGGUGUUGGUUUGGUGCUUAGUACAGCCCAAAAACACAUUUAUAGCACUUGGUAUUAUAUAGUCCUUGAAAUAUUUUGGGUGUUAAUGAGGACUAUUCAACUCAAAGAUUUCAGGACAACUUCUUAUGGAUGAGAUCUCUUUUGAGCACAAAAUGAACUUAGUAAUGCAACUUGAGACCAACGAAGCAAAUACGAAGGUGGAAAAAUGGCAGAACCCAGAGAAUCGAUUCGAGAAUUUCAUCCUGGACUCCCUUGUGGUCUCAUUCCAAUCGUCUCUUCAAAGAAUGAAUACCGAAUCCUUAAUGGAUUCAUCUGAGUUGGACGUUGAAUCCAUUGAAGCCCUGCUCAAAUCAAGAGUAAAACUAUUUACGCAAUCUCCAGUAAGUAGCCUUGGGUAACUGAAUAUUCGGGUGAGCGCAUCCGGGUGAUCGCUUAUUCAGGUGAUGCAACUCUCCCCUUUUUUGAACACUCCGCCUUGAAUGAACCCUCUCCCUUUUUGAACACUCUCCCUCAUUUUGAAAAUUGUAAAAAUUAGGUGUGUACGAUGGGAAAAUUUUUUAUUUAUAUUCGAAAAAUCAUGUUCAUUUUUUCUACACUUUAUUAGCUCGCGACCUAUUGAUGAGCUUGGUGACGACCUGACCUAAAGAAAGCGUCUUGACCAUCAUAUACUGGUUGACAAAAUUUUCUUUCCACCUCGUAUCUCGGGAACCGCUGGGCCUAGAACCUCCAAAUUCGGCAUAGAAACAUCCUAGGACAGUCUAACACCAUGCCCAAAAAAUCAUAUCAUUUGAUGCACUUUACAUGCCCUUUUUCCAAAAAAGGCAAAAACCCGGAUGACAAAAUUUUCUUUCCACCUUGGAAAAAACGUUUGUAACUCAUAAGCCAGAGGGUUUUAAGGCAUGAUUGUGGUAUCGUUGUGUUCGCGAAGAAGUCCUCUCUUGAUUGGUGUCACAACCUUAUGGGGGUUUCUGUUUCUGCGCCCUUGGGCGUCGGCUCAUCGUUGCUUUGUCCAUUUUCAGCCAAAUUCGUGCCCAGAGGAGCUCGCUUAAGGCAUAAGGAGAUGAAAAUGCCUUUAAAAAAUCUGGCAUUCAUGUUUGCAACAUUGUUUCCUCCGGCAGUAGAAUUCGAUUUAAUUUAAGUGCGUUGCAGGGGAAAACGCGCGCUUCCAGGGUUCUCGUUACCAGAAAAUUACGCUAUUAUGGGAACACUGCGGAUAAUUCAAGUAACUUUUCCUGCUUGUAUAUUUUCUAUGAUACUACAGAGUUAAAAAAUAGUGACGAUUUUAAUCACUGAUGUUGCGCUUAGAUGUGAGCAGAAGAAAGGUUCCAAAUGCCCCAUGUACAAAAUUUGCGACUCUAAGUUUCCUGCGAAAGCUAUUCGUCGUGGAAAAAACGUUGAAGGCCUGUCAAGGUCAAUGUAUUAAAGUAGUCUGGUAGCCAAAAGUCAAAAUAUACCAAGCUUAAGUAAUGCCAAGGCCUAGUGCAACAACCUGCGUUACUUGAGACGACAUAGACCAGAGAGGGGUAAGAUAAGCUGGUAGAUUUCAAGAGUGUUACCCACUUCGCGUGUGGGACACUUCGCGUGAGACGCUUAUCCCACUUCGCGUGCACGCGAAAUGGGUUUCACGCGAAGUGGGUAGUCACCGAGGUUCAUAGUACCCACUUCGCGUGACUUUCCAAAAAUUGCCGGGGCCCACUUCGCGUGUAAUUUUUUUUGUUCGGUGCCCACUUCGCGUGAGAUUUGGAUUUUCAUUGGAAUUCACGCGAAGUGUCUCCGGCAAAUUUUAAUCAACAGGACACUUCGCGUGUACCGUAUUUCGUUGAUUUGCCUGAUUUUGGCAUUCUGUUUUUGCAGGAAUUGUUGCCUUUAGAGUGGUAGGAAAGACUUUUCACGGUCAGUCCUGAGGUUUUUAUGAAAAACUGAACCAGAAUGAUGUAUAAAACAUAAAAAUCGGCAUAGUUUGGCAUGUUUUAUACAUUUUUUACACUAAAAUAAUAUAAAAUGAUUUUUUAGUUUUAAAUCUAGAACAUGCAGCGAGACUAGUUCGACUUCCUGAUGUCUGUCAUGCUCCAAGCUUCGCUUAGAACCUAUAAAACCCGCCGUUUCACCUCCUCCAUACACCGGGUUUUGCAGAAUAACAUGAAGUCAUCAUGAAUAAUAUAGUUUUACUCCUGGAAUUAUUUUGUUGUAUACUGCCGUGUUUGAAGGAUGGAUUUCUUCCUAAAAUGGUCUGUCUGACAUGUUAAAAGUUUUUACAGGCCCCUUACACGUAAAUUGAAGAUUUUGAUUCUUGAAAAAACAAAAAAUCAUCAAAAAUCAAAGAAAUAUACAAAAGUCCUUAUUGUCACACUUAAUUCUUCAAUUUCUGUGUAUUAUCUGAAUUGCAAGAACAUUUACAACGUUUUUUUACCAUUUUUGCCCCCGACUUAGCUUUGGGCGGAACAACAUCGUCAUGGAUAACAUCGGGAGCAUUUACUAAAAUCGCUUCGAAAUCAGUUUAGAUGUAUCGCAAACACUAUAAAUCAUAUAUAUUCUGAUUCCUUAGAUUAUGCUGAACAUUUUGGAGUCAAAAUUGGAUUUACCAUUUUUUUACCAUAUAACACUUACUACGGUAAAAUUUUGUAUAAUAAUCGGAUAGGUCUGAAAUUUUGCGUGGAGAUGUCUAUCUAUAUGCUAGACAAGUCUGCCAAAUUUCAUCCAGAUCCACCCAGUAGUUUCUGAGUUAUAAACAAUUUUAUUAUUCAAACAGAGGUUUUUUCAACCUUCAAAAUCGUGUUUUCAACCUUACAGUAACUACUGGGCACAUUUUCUAAACCUUAUCUCAGCUCAACUUUGAUCAAUUUUCGAUUUUUAAAAAGUAAUUGAAGUAAUUCGGACACUGCACAUCGUUCUUUCGUAAUUGGAAAAUGUUUUUUUAACGGGGCGGCGCUAUUAUUGAUUGAAAAAAGAGGGAAGAAGCGCCGAAAAUUCUAAUUUACCACAACCUAAUUUACGCAAAAACCAUUGACACACAUACUCAUUGAAUGAUAUUUUCUGAAAUUUCGAAGGACUAAGCUCCUUUAAGAAUCAACAUGACAUCUGUUAUCAUCUUAGCCUUUCCAUAUUCAUCUAAAACAUCAUGGGUGUUUCUGUUAUAGAUUCGGUCAUAUCUCGCAGUUCCAACGAAACUUGGGUAUACCCGAUAUGCCAGUUGAUGCAGAAGAAUCCAGAGAAAAUAUGUGUUCAGUUUCAGAAUUUUCUGUACGCGAUUUUUUUUUCAAUUCCCGGAUUAUGUUAUACUAAGAGGUGGUAUCGCCGAAUAUCAGAUUAAUAAGAUUAUUAGUAUUGUUGACGCUCCUUAAAUAUAUAUUCAUGUAUUUUUUGUUAAAUAUGACGCUAUUUAUGCUGUUACACAUCACUUUAUGCAUGUGGCCACAACAAAACGAAAAUUAUAAAAAAUGCACAAUGCCACAUUUUUUUGGCAAAAAAUGUUUUUGUGAUGCAACCGGCAAAAAUUUUUAGCUUCGCAAGCCAAAAAUAAUUUUAAAGCAUUACGCCAAAAGCUUGUUUUUCGUGCCGAGACAAACCAUAAUUAGCAGAAAAAAACGACGUGCACUGCGAACCACGUGGCAAUAUUUAUUUUUUGUUCCGGCAGCUCUAAAGUAUCGAAAAACACAAUGCCAAAAAUAGCCAAAAUCGCGCGAAAUUUGAAUGGUUUCAAGAACUACGACUGUUGGACGCUGCCAGCAGCUAAACAAACAUUUAAAAGGUCAGUUCAAAUGAUUUGCAUAUUUUUCCCGUACCAACUUAGCGGUAUAUUCCACUUGUCCAGUCUUGAAAUGACACCUAAAUUGAAAUUGAUAAAAAGUGCUUCAGAAUGGCAGGAAAAAUAUAAAUUUUUUGGUGGUGGCGCUUGAAGGGUUAGAAAAGCUGGAAAUGUUUUAAAAUUGCAAAAAAAGCAAUGUAAAUUCAAAUUUCGCGCGAUUUUGGCUAUUUUUGGCAUUGUGUUUUUCGAUACUUUAGAGCUGCCGGAACAAAAAAUAAGUAUUGCCGCGUGGUUCGCAGUGUCCGAAUUACUUCAAUUACUUUUUAAAAAUCGAAAAUUGAUCAAAGUUGAGCUGAGAUAAGGUUUAGAAAAUGUGCCCAGUGGUUACUAUAAGGUUGAAAACACGAUUUUGAAGGUUGAAAAAACCUCUUUUUGAAUAAUAAAACUGUUUAUAACUCAGAAACUACUGGGUGGAUCUGGAUGAAAUUUGGCAGACUUGUCUAGCAUAUAGAUAGACAUCCCCACGCGAAAUUUCAGACCUAUCCGAUUAUUAUACAAAAUUUUACCGUAGUAAGUGUUAUAUGGUAAAAAAAUGGUAAAUCCAAUUUUGACUCCAAAAUGUUCAGCAUAAUCUAAGGAAUCAGAAUAUAUAUGAUUUAUAGUGUUUGCGAUACAUCUAAACUGAUUUCGAAGCGAUUUUAGUAAAUGCUCCCGAUGUUAUCCAUGACGAUGUUGUUCCGCCCAAAGCUAAGUCGGGGGCAAAAAUGGUAAAAAAACGUUGUAAAUGUUCUUGCAAUUCAGAUAAUACACAGAAAUUGAAGAAUUAAGUGUGACAAUAAGGACUUUUGUAUAUUUCUUUGAUUUUUGAUGAUUUUUUGUUUUUUCAAGAAUCAAAAUCUUCAAUUUACGUGUAAGGGGCCUGUAAAAACUUUUAACAUGUCAGACAGACCAUUUUAGGAAGAAAUCCAUCCUUCAAACACGGCAGUAUACAACAAAAUAAUUCCAGGAGUAAAACUAUAUUAUUCAUGAUGACUUCAUGUUAUUCUGCAAAACCCGGUGUAUGGAGGAGGUGAAACGGCGGGUUUUAUAGGUUCUAAGCGAAGCUUGGAGCAUGACAGACAUCAGGAAGUCGAACUAGUCUCGCUGCAUGUUCUAGAUUUAAAACUAAAAAAUCAUUUUAUAUUAUUUUAGUGUAAAAAAUGUAUAAAACAUGCCAAACUAUGCCGAUUUUUAUGUUUUAUACAUCAUUCUGGUUCAGUUUUUCAUAAAAACCUCAGGACUGACCGUGAAAAGUCUUUCCUACCACUCUAAAGGCAACAAUUCCUGCAAAAACAGAAUGCCAAAAUCAGGCAAAUCAACGAAAUACGGUACACGCGAAGUGUCCUGUUGAUUAAAAUUUGCCGGAGACACUUCGCGUGAAUUCCAAUGAAAAUCCAAAUCUCACGCGAAGUGGGCACCGAACAAAAAAAUUACACGCGAAGUGGGCCUCGGCAAUUUUUGGAAAGUCACGCGAAGUGGGUACUAUGAACCUCGGUGACUACCCACUUCGCGUGAAACCCAUUUCGCGUGCACGCGAAGUGGGAUAAGCGUCUCACGCGAAGUGUCCCACACGCGAAGUGGGCUUCCCCCGAUUUCAACACAUGCUAUCGUAUAAGCCCUAAAGUACGCCGUAUGUAUAGCGAAUGGAUGUAAUUUGGACGUUCCCAUUCUAUACAGAAGUGAUUCUUCGGUUUUGCGGACCCAGGCAGCGCUCAUUUUCCCCUGCAACGCACUUAAAUUAAAUCGGAUUCUACUGCCGGAGGAAACAAUGUUGCAAACAUGAAUGCCAGAUUUUUUAAAGGCAUUUUCAUCUCCUUAUGCCUUAAGUGAUUUUCGAAAUCAGCAACCUCGAAAACCCCUAAAUCUAGUAUUUUUAGAAAAAUUUCAAACAUUACUACGUAAGAAAAAAGUAACUCCCAGAAAAAAACCCCCGAAGUUAAUAACGGUCAAUCUAUUCAGAUGGUUCAGAUGAUAGGUCUAAGCCUUAUCUUUGAUUUUCCCGGGUUCCGGAAUUGUCACUUUUCCGCCAUUCCGGAAGUGUCCAAAUUUCGGAAAUGUCUUGACGCGCUUCAUUUUUGGAUUCUUCCUGCUCGAAAACACUAAAAAUGAAUGAAAUUGCUCAAAUUACAAAAUUUUUCGCGUCCCGACAUUUCGGGUCAGGGACAACUCGGGUCGCGACAACUCGGGUCAACGACAUUUCGGGUCAACUGCCGUUUAAUAUGUUCGCUUCGGGACUGGGAAAAAAGAAUUUUUUUGGUGAAUUUGAAAAAUUUUUGAAAUGUUUUCGCUUCGGGACGUGGGAAAAAGAUUUUUUGUUCUGAAUGUUACAAUUUUAUUUUUCAUAAGGUACGAAUGUUAUUUCUUUAAUUUUUUAGAUAAAUAGUUAUUUUAGGGGUAAUUGAGGUUUAUUCUAAAAUUUUUUUGGGAAAAUGGUGUUUAUAAGCGACGAGCAAAUAAAAAAAUCGUUAUGUGCAUACAAUCAUUACGACUAUCUUCUUACUCCACUCUCUGGCACUGUCUGCGUUUAAAUCCCGUGCUUCCAGUUAAAAACAGACAAUGGAUACGAUUUUCUUAUUUGCUCGUCGCUUAUACACUAUUUCCCUAAAAAAUUAAAAAAAUAAACCUCAAUUCUCAAAACAAUUCCUUUUCCCAAGUUGCAAAGCGAAAACAUUUAGAAAUUUUGUUCAAAUUCUUCAAAAAAAUCUUUUUUCCAAGUCCCGAAGCGAAAACAUUUAAAAAUUUUGUUCAAAUUCUUCAAAAAAUCUUUUUUCCAAGUCCCGAAGCGAAAAUAUUAAACGGUAUCGUUGACCCGAAAUGUCGUUGACCCGAAGUGUCGUUGACCCGAGUUGUCGCGAACCGAGUUGUUCCUGACCCGAAAUGUCGUAGCGCCAAAUUUUUAGUAACCAUCAGAACAAUAUUUUCUUCAAUUCACCCACCCCAAAAAAUCCAUCACCGCGAAUAUACGCGACCCGAAUUUGCACCACCCGAAUAAGCGCUAACCCGAAUGCGCUCACCCGAAAUUUCACCACCUGAAUAUUCUCAACCCCCAGUGGCCUUAUAUAUAAUACAUAUAACUAGAAUAUUCAGACCAAGGACAAUCUAAUACAACUUAAAUUGGAAUUGUCUUUGAUAGAAAUGAAGUAUAUUACCACUGAGAUGUUCGAUGAAAGUGUUAUCAGUAGAAUCGAGAGGUCGGCCUCUCUUCUUUCUGUGUUAUCCAUGUUAUAUCAACAGGUGUCAAGGGAUUGGAUUCAGAAGGCUCUCUUUCAUUGUAUUGAAUUGACUUCGAGAACUGUAGCCACCAAUGUCCAUCAGAGAGUCUGGAAUCUAGUACACGAAGAUAAUCCGAAGUGCGAUCGCAAACUGAGCAAUAUCUCGGACGAAGUCCACGUCUUGAUUAUUCAAAAAACCCAGCCCCAGUUAGUCAAGUUACUCAAGCUCGGCUUCUCGGUCCUCAAUGAAGGAAGCGAUGAAUAUAUAUGUCUGCAGAAGAUAGAACAAUGCCUCACGAUCAUCAGCUAUAUUCAGGAAGAGUUGGAAGUGAGCUAAGAUAAAUAUAAACUGAUCCGUCUUUACAGACCUUUAAAGAGUUGUAUAAGGAUCUCAAAAACCCUGUUCGAGAUAUGACGUUCGAUCGAAGGAAGCUGGAGGAUGUACAGGGGAUUGUGAGGACUCUCUGGCAUUCUUUUGAAGAGGUAAGAGAUCAAUGGUGAACCUAGACUUGGCUCUCGGGCCGGCCCGGCCCGCGGGCCGGAAGAGGUCGGCCCGGCCCGUUUCAAUUUUCCUUCGGCCCGGCCCGGCCCAGCCCGCGGCCCGGCCCGGGCCGGCCCGGGCCGGCCCGAAUAUUGAGAAGAAGUAAAAAACCUUAAUUCGCUAUUAGAUAUGACUUCUUUACUGUAACAACUAACAGUACAUUUUUUAAAGCAAAAAAUUACUUACCAACGCAUUGCCUUUUUAAAAUUAAUCAAAAAAUUCCCGAGAUCCGUUUUCAGACUAUUAAAAAUUGCCCCAAGACCGAUUUUACAGAUUCAGCAAGGGUGGAACCACGUUUAACAAGGUUUUCAACUUCAAGAUGAUAGUGUUGCUUCACACGACUUCUUAAUUGUGUUUUUAAGGAUGUCGGUUACGUUUAUUUUGAGUUUUUGUUCAAAAAAUUACUACAAACACUAAUAUUCAUUAGUACUUAAUAGAUUUUACUAGUAAAAUUACUUAUUAUUAGCCAUUUUUCAGUACUUCCGUGCUUUAUUUUUGUAAAAUUAUGCUUACUGUGAGAAAAAUAUAAACCCCCUUCUUGGCUUUGCGUUUUAAUUUUAUUGGCAACCCAACUUUUCGCUUUGAAAUUCAGAAUUUUAAUUUUGCCGGGCCGGCCCGGGCCGAAAGUUGCGGCCCGGCCCGCGGGCCGGAACAGGUCGGCCCGGCCCGUUUCAAUUUUGCUUUGGCCCGGCCCGGCCCGGCCCGAACACCGGGAUACACUUGCUUGGGAUGUCGGAAAAAGACUCGGUGGAGGUUCGGCGAAGCUAUAGUGGGUUCGGUGGAGACUCGGCGAGUGCCUGCCAAACUCGAUUUUCAACGCUUCGUUUCUACAUAACAUACAAAAAGUAUAUAGUAAAUCGUGCAUGUAUCACCUAAGAUGGAAGAUUUCAACUGAGAAGUACGAGUUGUGGUGUUAUGACGGGCCCACCAAACAUUAGAACUGCAGCGGAAUUUCUUUUCACGGAGUCUUUGCCGAAUCUACUGUGGCUUCGCCGAACCUCCACCAAAUGUCUUUUACGGUAAAUGUAUCGUUGACGGGAUAUGAACUCUCGAAAAGUCGAGACGCGUUGAACCCAUUUUUUAGAGUUACUUCGAGUCUUCAUUGGAGAGUGGAAAUUAUGACUCAAUGAAGAGCGUUUGUCUUCAUAUGGUGCAAUUAAUAUCCGAUAUGAAGGAAUCUAUGCCUACUGUAGACUCUUAUUGCCAAUCUGAGAAAUAA